AUGUCUGGUUGUAGCCGGAUUUUAAACAGUACUUUAAAUACUGCUGUACGGGCACCAAUCCAUCAGUGCGGGAAAUCAAAUUCAAACUGCCUGGUAUCUUCACUUAAAAGAUUUGUAAUGUUACGUUAUAUAGUUUUAUUUGCAUUUCUCAUCGGAUUCGUACAAGGGGAUGACCAAGAUUCGCCUUUUCGAAGAAGGUGUCCACCACCCCCUAAAUUCCCUGAAAACUGCAACAAAGUGGAACAAAUUUACACAAGGGGCUGUCUGACUGCCUAUAAAUGUACAUCAUGGAAUAAUGCAGCAGUCUGCGCAGGUGCCCCUACAUGUCCUCCACCACCAUCUGUCGACUGUGUUACUUCUCUCCAGUACAAAUAUAUAGAUGGUGUGAGAUGUGGCUGGGGAUGUAGGCACUACUGCUGCUCUGACGAGGAAACUCUUAGGAAGACGUGUCCAGAAACGAGUCCAGAUAACCCUUACUGCAUCGCUACAGCAAUUGUAAAGUACACCAUCAAUCGUCGUGAAUGUCCGGUUUAUUGUACCUGCAGUCCCGAUUGCAGAGUUCUCACUUGUUAGUUUUAAUUAUUUUGAAUGAAACUUUUCUACUGAAAAUAA